AUGAUGGCCGAUAUGCAAAACGCUCUCUUCGAGCUCGACGAAACCAGCCCGGGGACUUUCGACGAUAAUGAUGCUAUUGGGAGAAUACGUAGUAUCCAGUAUAUGGCUCAGUUUGCUGGAUUGAUAUUGGGUCCCGUGCUCGGAGGUCUUAUUGACCACCGAUAUGGCUGGGUGAUCAUGACUACAGUCCUUGGUGCCGUGGCUGCAGCCACUGCCAUAGGAUUCUGGCUUUCCGGACCAAGAAGCGGACGAUUCCACGAAAACAAUAUCGUCAAGGAACGAGAGCCCCUACUGAAAACACGCGAUUUGCAGAGUUCCUUUGCCACGUGCGACGAGCAAAGUUCAGGGAUUAUCCACUACGCGACAUUUGGUUCAACUACUUCCUCUGGAACAAGCUCCGUCAAGGGAACUUCAGCCUCAAUUCCAUUGGGACAUCGGUUCGUGACAGCAGCGGAACGCCCAGAUCUCUGGCAUCCUACACAUUCAGACCCAAACCAUGGCGUAUUUAGCUUUCCAUUAUGGAGCCAGGGAGCUGUUUUCAAACGGUAUUAUCGACAACUAGGAGAGAUCAAAGAAUUGGCCCGGUACCAAACCAUGAUUAUACGGAACUCGGAUGAGAGAGUAGUUGCUACCGGUGUAUGUACUCCCUUUUUUUGGCCAGAGCUGGCUCGAGCUCCAACUGUUUCACUCUACGCGGAUGGUCCUCCUGAAUGCGCCUCGACUCUCCCAGAUGGAGGAUGGGAGACAAUAUUGGCCAGAGGGGUUAUUCAAGCACGAGCAAGACUAGGGGAGCUCCCAUCAGACGAGACUUUGCCUCUCACCGGGGAUCAAAAGAAAGAUGAGGCCACAGCGUGGCUACGAAAUCGACCAAAUGCCCUAUCAGGGCUGCUGGUCGUCGUGGCAGAUAACUACCGAGGCCAGCGCCUUGCCGGAAUUCUCCAUCAAAAUUUCAAAUCCUUGGCUCGCCAAAACAAUUUAAAGGCGUUGGUCAUCCCGGUCCGACCAACGCACAAGUCUCAAUAUCCGCACAUUCCGUUCGAACAAUACUUUAGUUGGAUCCAAGAGGGCCCCUUCCGUCAAGGAUUCAGAUGGCCAAGCUCUAAUACAUCCGACCAGCCCCUUCCAUUUGACAAAGAAAUUCGAAAGCAUGUGCGAAUGGGAGCUAAAGCCGUGAAGCCAGCGGUCAGAAGUUUCACAGUGGUCGCCUCUGCUGCGGAAUGGCAGCGGCGGUUCGGAGAUAAGCUAGCGUUGGAUGUGCUCACCGAUGAAGAUGGAGGCCGCUGGCUUGUAGGCAGCAAACUGAAUGGGUUGCUUUUGAAUAAUGAGAAACAGACUACUCCUUUGCGAUGGGAUGCGAAACGUCGAGUUGGUAUUUACUCGGAGACGAAUAUGUGGAUGUGGCACCCGUUGUAA